AUGCCAGCCGCCGAUCUGGCCAUCUUCGCAGCUGCCAUCAUCUCUUGGGAUCGUCAUGAAGAGUGGAAGAGGGGUGAUCGUAAGAGAGAAGAGCGCAGCCCUACGCCUCACGAUCCGCUGGAGGUGACAAAGACCAAGCGCGGCGCGAAGAAAGCGGCCAAGUGA